GCCACUUCCGCUUCCGGCGCUGCAGCGCGUGUGGGGUGUGCGGCGAUGCGGCCGCUGACGGAGGCGGAGACGCGGGCGGUGUUCGAGAAGCUCGGGAGAUACAUUGGCGAGAACAUCCAGUUGCUGGUGGACCGGCCCGAUGGCACCUACUGCUUCCGUCUGCACCGUGACCGUGUCUACUAUGUGAGCGAGAAGCUGCUGAAGGGUGCUGCAAGCAUCCCACGGGACAGCCUGGUGGCACUGGGCACCUGCUUUGGCAAGUUCACCAAGACACAGAAGUUCCGGCUCAGCGUCACUGCCCUGGACUUCCUUGCACCUUAUGCCAAGUAUAAAGUGUGGGUGAAGCCAGGCUCAGAGCAGUCCUUCCUCUAUGGCAACCAUGUGCUGAAGUCUGGCCUGGGCCGCAUCACGGAGAACACAGCACAGUACCAGGGCGUGGUGGUGUACUCGAUGGCUGACAUCCCACUGGGGUUUGGAGUAGCUGCAAAAUCCACCCAGGACUGCCGGAAGGUGGAUCCCAUGGCCAUUGUGGUGUUUCACCAGGCGGAUGUCGGGGAGUACGUGCGCAGUGAGGACACACUGACUUAGGGCAGCACAAAUGCUCAGGAGCCACAAGCACGCCUGGGCAGAAUGGACUUGUCCUGCAUCAUGCGUGGUAGCAGCACACGGAGCUGCAGGGAGCACACCCCAAGGAGAGAGCAGGAGCUGGGAGCAGUUGCUGCUACUGGGAGCACAAGAAGGCACCAGCUGUGCUGUUGUGAUUGCAUAAAGCCUGUUCCUUCUUUUUAA